AUGGCAGCGAUUUCAUUCACUGAAGGGGACUUACUUUGUCCUCAAUGCUCUGAGAUUUAUUACCUUCCUGUUCUCCUAAAAUGUGGCCACAAUAUUUGCAGAGUUUGUUUACAGAAAUUCUGGGAAUUCAAAGGAUGUCGAGAAUGUCCUGUGUGUCGCGACGUGUCUGUCCUUGGGAGGCCUGCUAUCAAUUUGGCACUAAAGAUAGCUGCGGACGAAUAUCAAGUGCUGCAGACCAGCAGCAAUCAAGAAGUUUGUCUACUCCACAACGAGAAGCUGAAGAUAUUUUGUCACAAUGACCUAGAGCCCAUCUGCCUUGUCUGCCAAACGUCAAAAAAGCAUAAUGUUCACGAGAGCUCCCCAGUGGAGGAAGCGGCCCAACUGAAAAAGAACGAAAUUUCAGACAAGCUGGAGUCCUUGAGGAAAAAGCUCAGACUAUUGAUGAAGACCAAGGUGCACUGGGAGGAAACCAAAAACUAUAUCCAGAGCCAAGCUUACCAAUGUGAGGAAGAGAUAAAGGAGGAGUUUGAGAAGCUGCACCUUUUCCUUAGAGAGGAAGAAAUCAGUCGACUGAAGGUGCUCAAACAGGAAGAGCAAAUCAAGACUCAGGUGAUGUGUGAGAAGCUGGAAAACAUCCAGGACCAGAUCAAAACCCUCUAUUCCACUAUCGGUGAUGUGGAGGCCGCCCUCAGAGUGAAGGACUUAACAUUUCUACAGGGCUACAAGCAGACAAAGAAAAGGGUCAAAUGCAACAUUCAAGAUCCAGAGUGCAUCAGAGAUAUCCUGAUCAACUCUGCAAAGCAUCUGGGAUCACUUCGGUUUGUUAUUUGGAAGAAGAUGGAAAACAUCGUGGCAUGUGUUCCGAUUACUCUGGAUCCAAACACGGCCCAGUCCAACUUAAAGUUCUCUGAAGCGUUGACCUGUGUGCAGUACAGCAGCAAGCAGCUCCUACCUGACAACCCUGAACGCUGCACCAGCCGCAUGUGUGUGCUGGGAGCGCCCGGCUUCACGUCCGGGAAGCACAGCUGGACCGUGGAGGUGGGUCAGGGCAAAGACUGGGACAUCGGAGUGGCCCAAGAAUCCAUCAAGAGGAAGAGUACCGUCUUCCUCAACCCGAGCGAGGGUUUCUGGGUGAUCGGCCUGAGCAAUGGAGACUCAUUCUGGGCUCAGACCUCACCACGCACCAAGCUCGUGUUGAAGCAGAAGCCUGAGAAGAUUACUGUGCAGCUGGACUAUGACAAAGGAAAGGUCGUUUUCAUCAACGCUGCUGAUUUGACAACAAUACACUCAUUCAAAGACAGAUUCACAGAGAAGAUUUUCCCCUACUUCUCCCCUGGAUUGUGUGAAAAGGAGAAAAGCUCCAGCCCACUGACAAUCUGUCCUCAGACAGUAACGGUGUAUGUAAAGUAGACUCACAUACUUAGACACAAGGCGCUAGAGUUGAAGACCUUUAUUGAGUGUGGGGAACAACAUGCAGUAUCAUUAACUGUCCUCCUCUUUCUGUUUGGGUUUCCUCUGUGAAGACAUAUCUUUCAGUUUAGAGUCCAGUUUCCUGUGCAGAUAGGCUUUCUUAUUGGGGUCCAUGGAUUUGUCUUUCUUCCCACUCCCGGCGUAAAGAACGCCUUCUUUGCUUAUUCUCAUCCGAGCAUGAGACUUGGCUUUGUCUCCACAGCCGUGAACCUAAAAAGGGUGCAAAACAUGACAAUCGGGUCAGAAAACCACAAUUCCUUCACAUUUUAGCGAAUGCGUCACAUUUGUCACUUAUGGUGUAAUAUCAAUACAGAGACUGGCGUCAUCCAAGCAUUUUCAAUAAAGCUACACAGCCUAAUAAAAAACUAAACAACUACUCUUUGUCUGGGUUCUGUCC